GUCGGCUCCGGUAAGAGUUCGCUAUUGUCUGCACUGUUGGGAGAGAUGGAGUGUGUGAGCGGUCGAGUGAACAUCAGGUGCGGCGCAAACAUAGCAUAUGUGCCACAACUGGCGUGGAUUCAAAACGCGACCCUUAAGGACAACAUAGUGUUUGGCCAUCCAUUGGAUGCCAAGCUAUACAACCGAGUGCUGAAGGCCUGUGCCCUCAAACAGGAUCUGUUGACUCUAUCGGCCGGAGACCAGACAGAGAUCGGAGAGAAAGGCAUUAAUUUGAGUGGCGGUCAGAAACAGAGGGUUAGUUUAGCCCGAGCUGUCUAUAGCGACGCCGACCUCUACCUACUCGACGACCCCCUCUCUGCCGUGGACAGUCACGUGGGAAAGCAUAUUAUGGACGAAGUGUUGGACUCAAAGACAGGACUCCUGAGGAAUAAAACGCGUAUUUUAGUGACGAAUCAAUUGUUUGUUUUACCGAAUGUUGAUCUCAUUGUUGUCCUAAAAGAGGGCAAAAUCGGGUCAAUCGGUACUUACGAGCAGUUAAUACUGACGGCGACGACGACGAGGAGGCGAAGGCACUCAUCAGACGCCGCACCACAACAUCGACCGGACCCACAAUACCGAGUUGAACUCAUCCGACAAAUAGUGACCGACAAGACUGACGGCGACGACGACGAGGAGGCGGCGGCACUCAUCAGACGCCGCACCACAACAUCGACCGGACCCACAAUACCGACGCCCACACCAGUCGGAGCUGAGAAGAAGGAUAUACUGGUUGCGGCCGAAUCGGUAGAGACGGGUGACGUUAAGCUCGCCGUAUACGCCAAAUACGGUCGAGCGAUGACCCCGUUGUGGACGGCAUUAAUUAUUUUCAGUUAUAUGGCCUUCAAUGCCGUGAACUCGGGCUCAAACUUUUGGCUCAACGCGUGGAGCGCUGAGUCGAGCGCCGACCGGAACGGCUACUACUUAGGCAUUUACGCCCUCUUCGGCGUAAUGCAAGUCUGUGUGGUGUGUAUGGGCUGGACAUCCAUUAUAACGGGCACUCUAUGCGCCUCUAAGAACCUUCACGAGCGGCUAUUGAGGGCCACACUUCACGCACCCAUGAGUUUCUUCGACACGACACCAUUGGGUCGGGUAUUGAAUCGGUUCAGUAAAGACAUCGAUAUAAUGGACUCGUCGAUGCAGAUGACCAUGAGGGUAUUAGUGAACACGAGUUUUCAAGUGUUGUCCACAAUUGUGAUUAUAUCGAUACAAACGCCUAUAUUUUUGGCCGUAUUCUUCCCGGUUAUGAUUGUCUACUAUUUUAUUCAGAAGUUUUAUGUCGUGACGUCUCGACAGUUAAAAAGACUGGAAUCGAUAACCCGAUCGCCAAUAUAUUCACACUUCGGGGAAACGGUUAAUGGCGUGUCCACUAUCAGGGCGUACGGCGUUAAUGACCGGUUCAUACGGGAGUCCGACGCCCGGGUAGACAGAAAUCAGAUGUGUUAUUAUCCCAACGCUAUCGCCAACUGUUGGCUUCAGGUGCGGCUCGAAGUGUUGGCCAAUUGUCUUAUAUUUUUUGCGGCACUGUUUGCCGUACUGUCCAAGGGGUCAAUGAACCCAGGUGAAAUUGGAUUAUCCAUAUCGUAUGCAAUGAAUAUUACUUUGGCGUUGAAUGCAUGCGUCCGUAUGUUUGCUGAGAUGGAGAACAAUGUGGUGGCCGUCGAGAGGGUUGACGAGUACUGUGGGGUCGAGUCUGAGGCCGAGUGGUAUUCGGGUCAGAAGAUACCCGACAACUGGCCAAACAAGGGAUAA